AUGCUGCGGCUGCUGGCGUCCGGCUGCGCCCGGGGCCUGGGGGGCGGCGGGGGCGCGCGGGGCCUGGCUCCCGGGGGCCGCGCGCGUCCUGCCGCGGGGCUCUGCGACCCCGGCGGCAGCCAGAGCCGCCAGGCUUCCGACGCCCCCCGGAACCAACCUCCCAGCUCCGAGUUCGUGGCCCGGUCGGUGGGCAUCUGCUCCAUGAUGCGGCUGCCCGUGCAGGCCUCCCCCGAGGGGCUGGAUGCCGCCUUCAUCGGGGUGCCGCUGGACAUUGGGACCUCCAACCGGCCCGGGGCGAGAUUUGGACCCCGACGGAUCCGCGAAGAAUCAGUGCUGCUUCGGCCAGCCAACCCUAGCACAGGAGCUCUCCCCUUCCAGUCCCUCAUGGUUGCAGACCUAGGCGAUGUGAAUGUCAAUCUUUACAACCUUCAGGACAGCUGCCGCCUAAUUCGAGAAGCCUAUCAGAAAAUUGUAGUAGCUGGCUGUAUUCCUCUGACCUUGGGUGGAGAUCACACAAUCACCUAUCCUAUAUUGCAAGCGAUGGCAGAAAAGCAUGGGCCUGUAGGGCUGGUGCACGUGGACGCACACAUGGACACGGCGGACACGGCCCUGGGUGAGAAGCUCUAUCACGGGACGCCCUUCCGCCGGUGCGUGGACGAGGGACUCCUGGACUGUAAGCGCGUGGUACAGAUCGGCAUCCGGGGCUCUUCCAUGACCUUGGAUACCUACAGAUACAGCCGGAGCCAGGGCUUCCGGGUGGUCCUGGCCGAAGACUGCUGGAUGAAGUCACUGGUUCCUCUGAUGGGAAAAGUGAGGCAGCAGAUGGGAGUCAGACCCAUUUAUAUCAGCUUUGAUAUCGACGGCUUGGACCCUGCCUAUGCCCCAGGGACAGGGACACCCGAAAUUGCUGGUCUCACCCCUAGUCAGGCUCUGGAGAUCAUCCGGGGUUGUCAAGGCCUGAACGUGGUGGGUUGUGAUCUUGUGGAGGUUUCACCGCCGUACGAUCCUUCUGGAAACACAGCCCUCGUGGCGGCUAACCUGCUGUUUGAGAUGCUGUGUGUUCUCCCCAAAGUGACAGUCGUCUGAGUCUUGUGCUACGACGUUCAAGAUAAACAAGAGCUUGCCUGGAUGACAGGUUCUCCACAAGAGCUUAUGUGCAAGCAAUGCGAGCACUAAAGAGUUUAUGCCAAUAAAACGUUCUGCUAAAA